AUGGCGUCCUCCCUGGAGCGUCUCAGCGACGACGUUCUCGUACCAAUAUACGAGCUACUUCUCCCUGAGCAGGGCUUGCGCUCGCUGUCUCUCUCUUGCAAGUCGAUCCGGGAGUCAUGCAUGCCCGUCCUAUUCAGAGCUUCGCGGUGCUGGGCACAAUUUGCUACUUGGGACAACUUCAUUUCUCCUCCUCUUUGGCCCUACGUGCGUCAUCUAUCUAUCAUUGGUAUAUGGAGAAACAUCGAUUUCGCCCGUCUUGAGCCGGAGCGCAUCCCCAUACCCCUGGUUGACGCAUUAUCACGUCUACCCAACGUUUCAGAAGUAGCCUUCCGAAACACAGGUCUUGAUGGAAUUCCUCGCGCUGCUUUGGUCUCUGUACUUUCUUUUCCGGGCCUUCGCUCCCUAGAUGUUGAGGACAUUCUCCAUUUCAUCGCAGAAAAGUCGCCUGCACACAUCACCUUUGCAGUGGCCCCACUCGUAUCCUUGCGGCAAGUCCUCCCCAAAUAUCGUCGACAACCCCGCCGGUCUGCGGAGGACAUGGAGUUUCUGCGAUACCUUACGGAUCAGCUGCAACUGCGACAGUCUCUAGAGACUCUCGUCAUCCCCAGCGAAAACGCCCCUCUCGAGAACAUUGCAACAUACGAAUGGCCACGGCUCAAGGUCCUCUCCCUUUGCGGAGAGAGCCAGCGGCCAGCUACCCCGCUCAUUUCCGUUUUUGAGCGGAUGCCGGCGCUCCGGGAGCUCGUCCUCGAAACGGCGUGCGCUUCCAAGAUGGGACGUAACCUGUUCUGCCCCUCUGGUUGGACGGGCCGUUGUCCGUGGCCGGAGCUGACGAGUCUGGUUGUGUCCUAUCCACACCCCGACGAUCUGCUGUAUGCCCACCUCCCCUACACUCUCCGACGCCUUACCUUUCGUUGCUGGCCCCGCCAUUAUGUCACCCUUCUACCACAUGAGGCUCACUAUGUCGCAGACGAUAUGGGGUGGUUUUCCCCGAUCGUGUCCUCCUCUGAAAUGCUGCAGAUACUCUCACGAUGCCCCCCGUCUAAUCUGGAGGAACUCGAGCUCGAAUUCGAAGAGGACGGGCACGAUUUGGAGCUGUUCACUCUAAUCCCGCUCAUUUUCCCCAAUCUCAUCAAAUUGACCGUCCUUCGGUAUCGAAAAUGGGGCAAUCCCGAGGCACCGGUCCGGGAGAUAGGGAAGGCGCUAGCGCCCCUGCGCAACCUCGUCGUGAUGUACCUUCAUCUAGACUUCAAGAUCGCGCCCCACCCGUACGCGCUAUGCAACGAUACCGCAGUGGAGGAAUUCGGAAAACUCCAAUCGACACCGUAUAUUUUCUACAACGACGCAUGAGCAAGAACUUUUGGGUCCCCUACCAUAUGACACGCACGAGGGACGCCGUGCAUGCCAACGAGCUGGAUUGCAGGCAGGAGGACGAGCGGGGACCGCCUUACUUCACAGAUUUCCAUUACCGAUAUUAUAUCGUGGACGAUCGGUAGUCUCCCAUACUUUCUCUUCGGGGUUGCUACUCAUCUGUCCAAGGACGCCUCUCAGGCAUUUCUGCCAUCUUGCACUCGGUAUGUGGGGAUCCCGGACCGGUAUAUGGGGACUCCGGGUUGGUAGAUCUAGUCAGUGUCAAUGCAUUCGCUAUUGUUUUCGAAUACUGUGUCGGAUGUCGCCGUGCGCCAUCAGG